AUGCGAAGAAGAAAUUUAUGGGAGGAACUAAAAAGCAUCAAAGAACAGAAAGAAGGACUAUGGAUCAUGAUGGGAGAUUUCAACGAAGUGAGAGAAGAGGGAGAUAGAAUGAUUUCGAGAUUUGAUAACCAUAAUGCAAUGAUUUUUAACACGUUUAUAGCAGAAUCAGGGUUGUUAGAAUAUCAAAUGGGGGGCUACAAGUUCACAUAUAUGCCGGAAGAUGGAUCCAGCCCAAGCAAAAUAGACAGGGUUUUAGUCUGUAACGAGUUUAUGAACAUAUGGCCAAUGGCGAAAUUCGAAGCACUAGCAAGGAACCUAUCGGAUCACAGCCCUAUUUCGCUGGUUUGUUCGUCACCAGACUUUGGUCCUAUUCCUUUUAGAUUCUAUAAUAGUUGGCUGGAAUUAAAUGGAAUUGAAGAAGUGGUACACAAAGUUUUGGGUGAACAUGGAGACGGGUCAAGCUCGGUAAAAGAAGUGGCGGGUAUAUUGAAAAAACUUAAAGGUGACAUAAAGCAAUGGAUAAGUGAGACAAAGAGAAAACAGGAGAAAGAGCUAAAUGAGAACAAGAAAGCUGUAGAAGAUAUCGAAAAAAUGGCAGAAACCCGAAGCCUCACAAGAAUGGAAAAGGAGAAAAGAAUACAAAGCAAAUGGAAAAUAAAGAAGUAUGAGAAAAGGAGGCUGGAAGACUUAAAAUAG